AUGCACACCCCGCGCCAUGAACCUAAAGCGCAGCCUGUACUUCAGCACAGCUCCCCGUCUGAGGUCCUUUGCGCAGCGCUCGAGCCCUGCUGGCCCCUCGGGUGUACGUCGUGGGCUGGUCGUAUCUGCUGCCGCGGUCUCCCCUCCCUGGGGCAAGCGCCCACCGGCAAAGCUGGUGUUGGAGGACGGCUCGGUAUGGAACGGCACAGCUUUCGGAGCGACAGGCACAGAGGUGGGCGAGGUGGUCUUCAACACAUCGCUGACGGGGUACCAGGAGAUCCUGACCGACCCCUCCUACAAGGGCCAGUUUGUGUGCUUCACCUACCCCCACAUCGGCAACACGGGCAUCAACCUGGAGGACAUGGAGUCCACCAAGUGCCACCUGGGCGCGGUCAUCAUCCGCGACCUGUCCGCCACGGUGUCCAACUACCGCUCCAGCCUGACGCUGGACGCCUACCUGAAGGAGCAGGGCGUGCUGGGCAUCGCCGACGUGGACACACGCGCCAUCACGCGCCGCCUGCGCGUCACCGGCUGCCUCAACGGCGUGGUCACCACCGACCUGGCCCGCUCCGACGCCGACUUGCUGGCCGUGGCGCGCGGCUGGAGCAUCAUCGGCAAGGACCUGAUCCGGGAGGUGACCUGCGACGAGGUGCACGAGUGGCGCGACCCCACCGGCGCGGAGUGGGAGUUCUCGCCGGAGGCCGUGGCCUCGCGCGGCGGUGCGGAGCCCUACCACGUCGUCGCAUACGACUUCGGCAUCAAGCACAACAUCCUGCGCCGCCUAGCCUCCUUCGGCUGCCGGAUCACCGUCGUGCCCGCGGACUACCCCGCGGCAAAGGUGCUGGAGAUGAACCCCGAUGGCGUCUUCUUCUCCAACGGGCCGGGCGAUCCGAGCGCGGUGCCCUACGCGGUGGCCAACGCGGAGGAGAUCCUGGGCAAGAAGCCGGUGUUUGGCAUCUGCAUGGGGCACCAGGUGCUGGGCCAGGCCUUCGGGGCCAAGACCUUCAAGCUCAAGUUUGGGCACCACGGCGGGAACCACCCCAUCCGCUUCACCCCCACGGGCCGCAUCGAGAUCAGCGCCCAGAACCACAACUUUGCGGUGGACCCCGACACCCUGCCCCAGGAGGUGGAGGUCAGCCACGUCAACCUCAACGACGGCACAUGUGCGGGCAUGCUCUUCCCCUCCAAGAAGGCGAUGACCAUCCAGUACCAUCCGGAGGCGUCGCCCGGACCCCACGACGCCGACGUGUGCUUUGCCCAGUUCAUCGACAUGCUCAAGGCCGAGCGCCUCGCCACGGUGGCCUAGGUCUCAACAUUCGUUGGAAGCCAGCAGCAGCGGCAUCUUUGAUGGAGUGGCGCCCGGGCCGACGGAAUUUCGUGCAGUCCCAUGGCGGUGGCCUGCUCCACACCCCACACCCCGCCCGGCGAGGUGGCCACCCCAUGGGAGGGACCACGACCUGUGUGCCCUUUCCCUCUCUCUGUGUCUUCUCAUACUAG